UGCAGGCCUAGUAUGCAAUACCCGCGGCAGACGCUAAGGGGUCGCUGUUCUGCGCUUUCUGCCCCUCUCACUACCACCAGCAGCAGGAACAGCAGUGGCCGCCGCGGCCUGAGAUCUUUUUGUCUGUAAGGCUGAGAGGGAGAGUGAGGAGCGGUGAAUUCCGCGGCCGCUGUGCUCUGCAGCUCCCCGUGCGCAGGUACAUGAGCAACAGCACACUGGCGGCGGGGGAGAGCGCAGGAGCCCGCGGAUACCACAGCACACUCAACGGCUGCAUAAGACAACCACACAAAGGGUGAGAGGGGGAGUCCGCAGCGGCCCGGUACCAACAUGGUCCGUGUCAAGAAGGGAUCGCACCGCUGUCCGUACUGAAGAAAACCCAGAAUAUUCGCUUUUCGGCUGUUGGCCUUUUACCGCCAUCCUUAUCACAGUUGACGUUAUUUGUUUGUUUUUAUCCCCCCUAGUUCUCCUCAACCGCGGCCUUUCCUGUCUCAACUUUUCCCUCUUAUUCCCUCUGCCCCGGGCUCACUGCUUUAAGCCCCCCGCUACUCCUGUGCGGUCCAUGAGCGGACCGGCCGCGGGCUCCAUGCUCUCCUGAGGGCCCCGGAGUGGGAGGCCGACACCCUCUUACCUUCCUAGCAGCCCUUUACCUUCAAUAAUAAGUGUGGUUUUUCUAUAUCUGUGCAACAUCCAUAUUGCUAGUCGGUUAUCUGAGGACACCUGCGGCAGAUCGCUUACAAAAACACACAAAAAUGUCUAACUCGACGGCUAAAGCUGAGCCGGAGCACCGGAGGAAGGGGCUGGCUUUCCUGGACGAGCUGCGACAGUUUCACGAGAGCAGAGGGUCUCGCUUCAGGAAGAUACCUGCCGUUGGGGGAAGAGAGCUGGAUUUGCAUGCCCUGUACACCAGGGUAAUCACUUUGGGAGGAUUUGCUAAGGUUUCAGAGAAGAAUCAAUGGGGUGAAAUUGUGGAAGAAUUUAGUUUUCCAAGAGGUUGUGCAAAUGCUGCCUUUGCUUUAAAACAGUAUUACCUACGAUAUUUGGAAAAAUAUGAGAAAGUACAUCAUUUUGGUGAAGAUGAUGACGAAGUUCAACCUGGUAACCUGAAACCUCAGCUCCCAAUUGGUGCGAUACCAUGCUCUUAUAACUAUCAGCAGCAUAUUGUACCAGAUUAUUUAAGACAAAGUUAUGGGCUUACAAUGGACUUCAACACACCAAACGAUUAUAACAAACUGGUGCUCUCGCUUUUAUCUGGACUCCCAAAUGAAGUGGACUUUGCAAUUAAUGUUUGUACACUUCUUUCCAAUGAAAGCAAACAUGUAAUGCAGCUUGAUAAGGACCCCAAAAUAAUCACCUUAUUGCUAGCUAAUGCUGGAGUGUUCGAUGACACUCUAGGAUCCUUCUCUGCAGUGUUUGGGGAUGAAUGGAAGGAGAAAACAGAUAGAGAUUUUGUACAGUUUUGGAAGGAUAUUGUUGAAGACAAUGAAGUACGAGACCUUAUAUAUGACAAAAGUAGAUCUCAAGAAAGUACAAACCAGGAAUCCUUGUGGGGCUCUUUAUUUCACCCUCCUAGGAAAUUGGGUAUUAAUGACAUUGAAGGACAGCGUGUUCUACAGAUUGCUGUGAUUUUACGAAAUCUUUCAUUUGAAGAAAGCAACGUCAAGCUUCUGGCAGCUAAUCGUACAUGUCUUCGUUUCUUGUUACUGUCUGCUCACAGUCACUUUAUUUCCCUUAGACAAUUAGGCCUAGAUACAUUGGGAAAUAUUGCAGCAGAGCUACAAUUAGAUCCAGUUGACUUCAAAACCACUCACCUAAUGUUCCACACUAUUACAAAAUGCCUAAUGUCAAGGGAUAGGUUCUUAAAAAUGAGGGGUAUGGAAAUAUUAGGGAAUCUUUGCAAAGCAGAUGAUAAUGGAGUGCUUAUUUGUGAGUAUGUGGAUCAAGAUAGCUACAAGGAAAUAAUUUGUCAUCUCACAUUACCGGAUGUGCUGCUUGUAAUUGCUACUCUUGAGGUACUGUACAUGCUCACAGAGUUGGGAGAGGUGGCAUGUGUGAAGAUUGCAAAUGUGGAGAGAAGCAUAGAUACUUUAGUAUGUUUAAUUUCUAUGGACAUACAAAUGUUUGGGCCUGAUGCUCUGACAGCAGUCAAGCUCAUUGAGCAUCAAAGCUCUAACCACCAAGUGGUUUCUGAAAUCCGCCCUCAAACGGUCGAGCAUGUUCCUGCUCCGGUAAAUGCAAGCCCAGCACCAGUUACAAGGCCAGUUACUGCUCAUGCUACUCCACCCCCAGGAAUUGUAGAAAUAGACAGUGAAAAGUUUGGUUGUCAAUGGUUAAAUGCACAUUUUGAAGUGACUGCUGAUUGUUCAGUUUCAAGAGCAGAAAUGUACUCUGAAUACCUCUCAACCUGUAGCAAAUUAGCUCGUGGUGGAAUCUUAACAUCAUCUGGAUUUUACAAGUGUCUUAGGAGUGUAUUUCCAAAUCACAAUAUAAAGAGAGUAGAAGAUCCUAAUAACAAUGGACAAGCUCAUAUCCAUGUGGUUGGCGUAAAAAGAAGAACCUUACCACUUCCUAUUCAGAUGUACUAUCAGCAGCAACAACCACCUGUUGUCAGGGUUGAUGUGGUUUCAGAUGGCUCAGGGACAAAUUCUGCAGGUGUGCAACAGGGCAUAGGAAACAAUUUCCAGAGAGGCCCAGUGACCAGUCAGUCUCCCAAUUUAACUGCAACGCAGAUGUCCUUUCCAAUUCAAGGAGUUCACAGUGUGGCACAAACAGUUUGCCGAAUACCACAAAAUCCACAGUGUCAAACCCAGCAUCAACAGAAUACCACAGUAACUGUAAUACAAAAUAAAACUCCAAUUCCAUGUGAGGUUGUCAAAGCAACAGUAAUACAGGGCUCUGUUCCACAUUCAGGCGUUCCUGUUAGUAUUGCUUUGGGAGGUACAACACAGGCUUCUAUGGUUCAAAAUCACAGCAGCGCAGGACAGCAAACUGGAGUUACUGUUGUAGGAUCUCAGGCAUUGUUUCACCAUCCAUCUGUUAUUCAGCAGCAAUCCCCAUUACACACUGUUGUCCCUGGCCAGAUAACAUCAGCUACUCCUGUAGCUGUUAUUCAACAAACUGUACCUCAAGGACAUAUAUUUAGCAGAGUGCAAAAUAUGCCAACAUGUACAACUGCACUUUCACAUGGCCAGCAGUUAAUCACCACAUCAUCCCAAAGUGUGCAAAUCCCACCUCAACAGACUCAAACUUCCAAUCAACCAAAAGAUACUGUAAUCAUAACUCCCCAACAAUAUGUAACCUCUUCAUCCAACAUUGCUUCUGUAACCACUGUGCAGAGUUUCCAAGUGGCAGCUGGGCAGGUGGUUACUAUUGCUGGUGUCCAGAACCCACAAGCUUCACGGAUUGGUUUCCAAAACAUUGCUCCAAAACCCAUCACUUCUCAUCAAGUAUCAUCUACAGUAGUACAACAGCCUCUUCAGCAGCAGCAACCCCAGCAGAGUGUAGUGAUUGUAAGCCAAUCAGCUCAACCUGGUCAGGCUUAUGCACCAGCCAUUCACCAGAUAGUACUUGCUAAUCCAGCAGCAAUUCAAGCUGGGCAGACUGUUCAGCUAACCGGACAAACCAGCAUAGCUCCAGCUUCCUCUUCUCCUUUACCAACCACAAAUAAUCAGAUAUCUCCUAUAAUGACAUCUCCCCCCACUACUUCGGUAUCACAAGGGCCCCCACAGACAGUCGGUCAAAUGCUUUCUGUAAAAAGACAGCAGUUGUCACCAGCACCUCCUCAACAGCAGCAGGCACAAGCUCAACAAUCACCACAGGCACAAAUACAAUCUCAUCAACAGCAGUCACCCCUACAGUUGCAGCAACAGCAGCAGCCCAACUCAGGAGGUGGACACUCUACUCCAGGUGAAUCUAGCCUCAUAAAGCAGCUCUUGCUACCUAAAAGAGGGCCAUCAACCCCAGGGGGGAAACUUAUACUCCCUGCUCCACAAUUGCCACCUCCAAAUAAUGCAAGAGCACCAAGCCCUCAAGUUGUUUAUCAAGUAGCCAAUAAUCAAGCACCUUCUUUUGGAGUUCAAGGGCAACCUACAACUCCACAAAUACUAGUUGGGCAACAAAAUGUCCAGUUAGUCCAGAGUGCAAUGCAGAAUCAGCCUGCAGUACAGACUGUUCCAAUCUCAAACUUGCAAAUCUUGCCAGGGCAGUUGAUCUCAAAUUCUCCAGCAACAAUUUUCCAAGGAACUACAGGCAACCAAGUUACUAUAACAGUUGUGCCAAAUACCAGUUUUGCUACUGCAACCGUAAGCCAGGGAAGUACACCUCAGAUCAUUGCACCAGUGACUGGGACACAAGCAGGAGUUGGACUUCAGGUGCAAACUCUUCCUUCUACGCUUACUCAACAAACAGGUCAGGUACCAGGAGCUGCUGCUUCUCCCCCUUUCAAAGGUGAUAAGAUAAUUUGCCAAAAGGAGGAAGAAGCAAAGGAAGCGACUGGAUUGCAUGUGCAUGAACGUAAAAUUGAAGUGAUGGAGAAUCCUUCAUGUCCAAAAGUAUCUGCAAACACCAGCAAUGGGGAAACAAAUGAAACACAAAUGGGAAAUCGUUUAAAUGGGAUAAAAUAUAGUGAUUCGUGCCUACCUCCUUCAAACUCAGGGAAAUCUCAAAAUGAGACCAGUCAGCUGGUCACUAAUGGGUCAUCUGUGGAAUUGGGGGGAAAUGGUGCUUCAGGAAAGCUAAACUCUGAUCAAUUAAACAUUCAAGAGACAAAACAUGAUUUCAAAAGGCCACAAGUUAAUGGAAUUUGUGAUUUUGAAAAGGGAGACAUUUCUCAUUUAAGCAAAAACAUUCCAAAUCACAAAGCUUCCAAUCAUGUAGGAAACGGUGAAAUAUCUCUGGCAGAACAGCAAGAACUUCUUGAUUCCUCUCAAGUUACUGCCAGAAGUGAUCAAGUUGAAAAACUUUCUAAUGGACCUAUAGUACCCAACAGUGUAUCACAUUUUUCAGGUAGCAUCCAUGAUGCUACUAAUAUGGCAAUUCAGAUACAUUGUGCUAACCCUACAGACUUACCGAAUGGACCUAUAGUCUCAAGUAUGAAUUUAGACGUGCCUCAGCAACGACCUUCUGUAGUUGUUUCAACACAGGCUACAGCUUCUCUUUUACCAGGACAUCAAUUUAUAGGCUUGACCCACACAGGGCCAAGAGUUUCCCAACCUGUAAUACCUGCUGAAGUAAGGUCGACAAAUGGUGUGACUGAAUGCAAAGCUUUGAAAAGGCCAGCAGAGGACAAUGGCAGAGAACCUGUUUCAGUAAUUCCAAAUAAAGUAGGAGUGAGGAUUGUUACAAUAAGUGACCCCAACAAUGCUGGGUGCAGUGCAACAAUGGUUGCUGUGCCACCAGGAGUUGAUCCAAGCACUGUAGCUAAAGUAGCAAUAGAAAGUGCUGUUCACCAAAAACAGCAUCCCCACACCUUUGUACAGACUGUGGUUGCACAGAGCACACCUGUGACGACAAUACCAGCAUUGCAAGUACAUGGGCAGCUCAUUAGCUCACAACCCUCUCCAUACCCUGCGCCAACUCUUAGUCACCAUGUAGAGCAAGUGAAGAAGCCAGGACAGAACUUCAUGUGCCUCUGGCAGUCAUGUAAAAAAUGGUUUGAAACCCCAUCUCAAGUUUUUUACCAUGCUGCAACUGAACAUGGUGGUAAAGAUGUGUAUCCUGGACAGUGCAUGUGGGAAGGCUGUGAACCUUUCCAGCGGCAGAGGUUUUCAUUUAUCACACACUUACAGGACAAGCACUGUUCAAAAGAUGCUCUUCUAGCAGGGCUUAAACAGGAGGAACAGGGACAGGCCGGAAAUCAAAAAUCUUCCAAUAAACAGUCUGGAGGUUCAUCAACUCCCAGAGCUCAGAAGGCUAUUGUAAACCAUCCAAGUGCAGCACUCAUGGCACUCCGGCGGGGAUCAAGAAAUCUGGUCUUCAGAGACUUCACAGAUGAAAAAGAGGGACCAAUCACAAAACACAUCCGAUUAACAGCUGCCUUAAUAUUAAAAAAUGUUGCAAAACACUCAGAAUGUGGUCGCAGAUCGUUAAAAAGACAUGAAAAUCAUUUAUCGGUUCUAGCCCUUAGUAAUAUGGAAGCUUCCUCCACACUUGCCAAAUGCCUUUAUGAACUUAAUUGUACAACCCACAGUACAGAACAAGAAACAGACUAUGACAUGCUACAGUGAGAAGAGUGCCCUUUGUACCACUGGGAUGGUUAGUCACACAACAUUUCAAAUACUGUUACUAAGGAAAGCACUAAGUCUUAAUGGAGCAGAGACCAUAGCUUGCAUUAUUAUAUCUCCUCCUUUGUUGCUGAGAGGAGUCUUCACAUUCUGAUCACUGAAUGAAUCCCUUUGUUCUCUGUAAGAGAAAAAAGAAACUGCCAUGGGAUUUUCUACCAGCAGUCUACAGGAUGUCUUUCACAGUGGAACUAUCCUGACGGAAACUGGUGUGUUCAGAAUAAACUACCAUCCACAUUGGAAUAAACAUGGAAACAUUAUAAAACCCUCACGAGCAGAUAAAAUAGAAGCAUUAAAUAUUUUUAUCUAUAUCCAAAAAGGAGCACAUUUUUAUAUUUACGAAACUGUUUAAGCUGGUUUGAAUAAAAAAUUCAGCACAUCUGUAUCCCCCUGAUCUUGGUGGGUCCCACCAAUAUCUUGCUAUGGAUUGUGUGUUUUGUUUAGAAAUCAGUAGCUUGGUUUUCUUACUUGAGCCAAUAUAUUUUCACUUAUUUAUUAUCAUAAAAUUUACCAGUCUGAAUAGAUCUUGUAAAUAUUUGUGAAUAGAACACCUUUCAUGCCACUGCAGCCACUGGAAGAAAUGAAUUCUGUGGUGUUCUAGAAGCAUCAUAGCUAGGUUCUAAAGUUUUCUAGACUUAACUGUCAAUUGUAACUAAUUGUGAUAUAUUCUACGCAGUGGAUGAAUGUUCUUUAAAUUUGUGUAAAUAAUUCUGGAAAGGUACUGAUGCUGUAAAGUUAAAACAGUUUUGUGGAACUGUGAUAUUUUGCCCACUUUUCUUUUUUUCCCUUUUUAUUAUUUUUUUUAUUUGUAUUAUACACCUUGUAGAACUCAUUUGCUGGCUGAAAGAGUAUGGAAUAAUAUAUCACAUGUCAUUUUUGUAGAAGAAAAACUAUUUGAAGUUAUUUUUGGUUUUUCCCUGACAUAUAUCCACUGAAAAUGUUUGUCAUAGUGCAAGCUCAGAGCUUGUACAGAAUUUUUUGUAUUUGUAAAUUGGUUUAAAUACAUGGAAUUUUAUACAGGUUUUCUCCUGUGUUAUAUUUGCAUUAUUACGUGCAGGUAUGAUAUUUUCUUCACUACUUUUUCUAUCUUAAUAUAGUGUGGAAUUUUAUUGUAUUAUUCUUCCAUUCUUAAUACUGUACCACAUUCCUGCUCAGAUCCCGCUCACGCCGUUAAAUUUGUCUUUCCUCUCCCACCCUAUCACCUUGGCGUGAAGUGUAUUCAUUUAUAACUGCCUGUUGUAUUAGCAUCCAAAAAUGUGGAACUCUCCCAAACACCAUUUCUGCUGUGUCCGUAGGAUGUGCAGUAAAGAUAUAGACCUAACAGUUUAUGUUAUAGAAUGGCUUUAUUUACUUUGGUGACUGUUUAUAGUUUUUAAAAUAAAAGACUGAACAUU